AUGCCCGACAGCUCGGACGAGGAACCUUGUGAUUUUUUAGAUAAUAAGACUGAACGUCCGUGGAUUCCUUACAGAGAUCGCGAAGAAUGGAAAGACGUUGUUCCUGUGCCACAAGACGAUGGACCGCACCCCGUAGCUGCGAUUGCAUAUUCUGAUAAAUUUAAGGACUGUUACGAUUAUUUUCGAGCGAUACUUAAAUCAGGAGAAAAAAGUGAAAGGACGUUGGCUUUGACAGUUGAUUGUAUCUGGUCGAAUCCAGCAAAUUAUACAGUAUGGCAAUACCGGCGAGAAAUACUCGAGGCGCUUGGCAAAGAUCUCAGAGAGGAAUUAAAGUACAUAGAUGCUAUGAUCACGGAAAAUGCAAAAAAUUAUCAAGUUUGGCAUCACAGAAAAGUGAUAGUUGAAUGGCUUCAAGACGCUAGUGAUGAACUCUCAUUUACAGAAGCUAUUUUAAAAAAGGAUCCAAAAAAUUAUCACACUUGGCAACACAGACAAUGGUGUAUCAAGACCUUUGAUCUCUUUGAUAAAGAAUUGGAAUAUGUGGAACAAUUAUUACUUAAAGAUAUCAGGAACAAUUCGGCCUGGAACCAGCGUUACUUCGUCUUGAAAUACACAACAAAUUUUGAACAAGAGGUGGUCGAUAGGGAAGUCGAUUUUGCUUUAGCAAAAAUAUCAAUCGUCAAAGGGAACGAAAGUGCAUGGAACUAUUUACGAGGUAUUCUUGCGCACGAUACUCGAGGUGGACUUGCAAAAAAUGAAAAAGUCAUGAAACUCUGCGAGGAGUUGUAUUUGGGCGGUUGUCGCGUGAACCAUUUACUCGCCUGCAUCAUCGACAUUUGUCGUGAAAGACACGAUAGUGUAGAAAACAAAAGUUUCUACACGAUUGAACACGCACUUUCGCUUUGCAAAGAUUUAGCGGAUGAACAUGAUAAAAUACGGAGGCGGUACUGGGACUUUGUUACAGAACAAUUGAGAGACAAGCUACCUGUUGAUACAUAAUUUACUGAGAAUGAGAAUAUGUUGUUUACUUAAAAUUCAAAGGAAUAAAUGUUCAUAAUAAUA